AGUCUAUCAGAUUGCGCUUUUAUUUUGAAGGUUCCGUACCGGAAGUGUCUCUGCGACCAACAUCUCCCGGAAGUCCCCGCAGCACGGAAGAGAAAGCCAUGACGACGGACUCCUCUCUCCUCAGCUCCGAGCUGGAGUUACAGCAGCAGGAGGAGCUGUAUCAACAGCUGCUGUUACAGACAAUGGGAAAGAUGCAGACUGAAAAUCCAGACUCCAAAGUAAUCCGACCACAACCUGGCAUGUGUGUGAAGACUCACCAGGAGCCAGGCAAGCAGAAGGUCUUCGUCAACAUCUGUCAGUCAAACUCUGUCCCGCUGCCACCGGAAAUCUCCAGAGAGGAGCUUGUGAAGCUGCUCCAAUCAGAGGAUCCAAGCAGCUACAGAGUUCCCAUGAGCCUUGGGGAGCCACACACAGAAGUAGACAACAACUCUCAGGGUUGCACAGCAUACGAUGUGGUCGUCAACCAGGAGUUCUUCCAGAAUUGCCAGAAGGAUCCCUUGUUCGAGCAGUUUGUUAUUCUGGUGUCCUUAGAGGGUUUGGAGAACAAAUACAAUCUGGAGCUAAGUAGAGACUGGAAGGUGUUAAAAAACAGAAAGUUCUUGGGCUCUGUCAGCGAGCAGAACAUUCGGACAAAGAGCAGGCCGGUGAUUCAAGAGCUGCAGCCUCAGGAGAACUCCGCUGCCACGACAAAAAGACCAGAGUUCACGUUGCUGGUGGAGCCCCCUACUGGUGACCCCGAGUACCUCAUUGCAGAAAUAAAGCUACCCGGAGUGCUGUCGUCUCGCUCUCUGGUUCUGGACGUCGGAGAGGACCGACUAGUGUUGACUGCUCGGCCCUCGCUCUUCUAUCUCGACGUCUUCCACCCCUUCCUCGUCGAACAGGAGAACAGCGUGGCUCAGUACAACAACAGCACUCAGAUCCUUACAGUCACGAUGCCCGUGGUGUCCUCAUGAAACUAAGGAAGUAAUGUCCUGUUAUUUAUUUUUUGUGAAAAUAAAUGAUGCUGUGAUAAUAAAAGUGUUUUUUAUAUAGUC